CAGCUCCGGGCGCUAGCUAGCUUGAAUCAGCUGUUUAGCUUCCAGGAAUGGCUGGAGCUCAGUGACACUGUCCGUGUUAGCAGCUGGUUCCGGCCAUGGGGCUGCCGCAGAGCGCGUUUCUACUGGACGGAGGGAACAACAGCGGCUACCACGUCCAUGGGGUGCAACAGGACUCACCUGCUCUAAAGGCGGGUCUGGAGCCUUUCUUUGACUUCAUUCUCUCGAUAGGAAAUACCAGACUUAAUAAAGAAAGUGACUUGCUGAGAGACCUUCUAAAAGCUAAUAUGGAGAAAGCGGUCAAACUUGAAGUGUACAACUCUAAAACCCAGCGGAUGAGGGAACUGGAGGUGACGCCCAGUAACAUGUGGGGGGGUCAGGGUCUAUUGGGCGCCAGCGUUCGCUUCUGCAGCUUCGAAGGAGCCAGUGAGAAUGUGUGGCAUGUGUUGGAUGUGGAGCCUAAUUCCCCUGCAGCCUUAGCCGGCCUUAUUGCACAUGAUGAUUACAUUGUGGGAGCUGACCAGGUGUUACAAGAUUCGGAGGAUUUCUUUUCUUUGAUUGAAGCAAAUGAAGGGAAACCACUGAAGCUGCUGGUGUACAACACACAGACCGACCAAUGCAGAGAAGUAGUGGUGACUCCAAACGGAGCCUGGGGCGGAGAAGGAUGCUUAGGCUGUGGUAUCGGCUAUGGCUAUUUGCACAGGAUCCCAACUCGUCAGGUUCAGCCUAAUGCCCAGAGUACAAGUAUUAUGCAAUCCACAGGGGCUAGUAGCAGUGAAGAGGUUGUUUCAAGUGCUCACCCUGAGGUGCCUUCUGAUGUCACUGAAACAAGUCUGGAUCAGAUUAAAGAAGCAGUGCAGGACCUGAGUGUCACUUCACCAUCACAUCAGGCUGUGGAUUCAGUGGCAGAUAUUUCAAACAUACUAGAAACAAGGACUUCAGACUUGUCAGAUGCAGUUUCCACCAGUGACAUCGGCCAAAGCUCUAUGUUUGUUAAUUAUGGAGAUGACACCGGAGAUCAGCUAAGCUUGGAUAAUUCAUUAUUUGAACAAAGGGCUUCAACCCCAGAGAAAGAAGAACAGCCAGACAUCCAGGAACCUGAGCUGGGUCCUGGUGUAGAUCUGAGCAUCAGCGCUGCUUCAGAAGUUACAGAGGAUGCUGCUGACCCCGAAGUCACCACAGAGAUCCUGGGCAGCAGAAGUAUCACUGAGGUGAAAGAUGCACAAUCUGAGCCGUCGAGCUCAGAUCCAGUUAUGAAGGAAGAGAAGCUGGACACUGAGGUGUCACACAGUUAGGAAGAGUCUGUACAGAUAAGUAAGAACCCAUUUAAAUGAAAUGUACUCCUCAAAUAGAGAGUUGAUUUAAAUCCCACUAUGCUCUAGGACUCCUUAUGAUUGUAAGUUGCAACACUGGAACUACUUUUUUAUUAAUUUGCAAGACUUUUAUUUUCAUCCAGGUGCCAUUGUUGCAUGCUGACUUGCACAUUCCUGCGAGCCGUUCUGUUAACUGGAGGUACUUAGAUGGUUAAUGCAAUAUGAAUGUACUUUUUAAUGUAGGCACCCUGUAUGUUUUAGAGUCUGGAGCCCAAGUUAAGUUUCCGUUAUGUCAUUGUACUAAUUUGCACUAAAAAGCCAAAGGAGAAUAUUGUAUGUUUUGUUGCUACUGUCGUACUCCACCUUCUAAGAAGUCAAAAACACUGUUUGGAAAGAAUGUUUGAGCAGUUUGUUCAGUGGGUUUUUUUAUGUUUGGUAUAUUUUUAUGCCUUUAUUUUUAAGAGAUUUCUUAAUCUCAGGCCUUUACCUUCAUCUAAAGCAACAUUUAAGCCUCUUUGCCUUAUGUCUCAUUUUAACCCAUAAAGACCCAGAGCACUUCCCAAAUGAAUUUUUCUCCAUAUGUAAACAUUCUUAAGUGAUUUAUCACCAUUUAUUAUGAUAUUAUCCUCUGUAGUUUGUGGUUUUUC